AUGUCGCACCAGUCGUACUGGACGACAGCGCCACCUCGCUCGCCGUAUGAAAUCUACCAGCAUGGAAACAUGCUGAGAGAAGGCGCGUUCACCAGUCCAGCUUCCCAUAUUUGGCCCUACAGACCACUCCCCUCAUACGGAUUGGCGCGCGGCAUGGCGCCUCCCGUUCCCAAUAUGCUACCUCUUGCAGCUACGACGCAGAGCCCAUGGUCUGGCCUGGCAUCCUAUCCACCCAGCAGAUUACCGUAUGCGGAUCAGUUUAGCCCAAUACUCCCUCACUUUGGUCUUCGAACAGCGCCCUCUCAGAUGAAUGACACCAUGGCAGAUGUUAUCUCGCCAAGGACUAGAGCUUUUCCGACUAGGGUGGCACCAUGGAAUGGCACAUUUCAAAGCCCAAUCGAACCAUUCACCGUCCAGGCUGAAGUUGAUACUGGGCAGAGGCAGAGUCGGCUCCCACUUGACAGCACCGCGAGGAAGGCACCGCGGAAGGCUUGUGCUAUACCUACAAGCGAUCCCCCCGACCCGAAAAACCCUCCACCGCGGAGACUCCAAGCCAAAGAGAUCUCAGGACGCGUCGCAAAGCCAAAGAGUAGACGCAAGAAGGAGAAAUCACUGGCUACGACAUCUCGCUCCAAGCUGCCCAACCGUGCGACAUCGAAAAGGGCUAGGAAACCAGCACGGUCUAAACAAAAUAAUGCUACAACAAGCAGUGGCGUGAUGCUAGAAGAAGAUGACGAAGAUAGUGAUGUACCCACCCUCACUGUGCGAUCCAGACAGCCAAUCCAAGCGGAAGAUGAGCCUACAAAUUCAAUACAGCCGACCAUUGAAAGGGAAGAUGUCAUCCGCGAAGCUCAGUGGCGCUCUCAGACUCCCCCGGCCCCGGAGCCACAGCCUAUCGAGCUGACAUCCACCGUGCCAUCUUUGAACCACCAACCGCGAGGGCCUCUUCCACGAUGCAAGUGCGACGUUCCUGAGGCUUUACAGGGAGUUCAAAAGGCCAUGGGCCCGGACAACUGGAAUGAGUACUUGGUAUUGCUGGAGAAGUUGUGGAUGGGGGAAAUCCAUGGUGAAGAUUUUGCUGUCGCGAGCAGGGCACUGUUUAGGAUCUUUGACGACAAAUUGAGGAUGAGAAUAAAUAGUCUUGUCAUGCGAGAUAUGAUCAAGCCAGGACUGGAGAAGUAUAUGGCGGAGACGGCGAGGGCAGAGGCAGACAAGACGAACGGUAUGGCAGAUAAGACAAUGGGCAAGGAUGAGGCAGACAAAGUGCGAGAGCAGAGUACUGGAAAGGAAAAGGACGAUGGAGUAGUAGAUUGCUGA